CGCGGAGGCUUAGCCCGCGAAGGCGGUCGGUGGCGGCUGGAGCGGUCGAGCGGCUGCGGCAGCGCGGGAUGGGAUGGACCGCGGCGCCAGGUGAGAUAGCUGGAGAAAUUUCAUUGAAGGCCUGUUAAUAUGGUAAAGCCACUUAAGGAUGCCAGCAAGUUACAGAACAGCGUUCUUUUCAAAAGUGUAAACAGAAAGGAUGUUUUCUACUCCCUCUUUUGAAUGGGGGCUGUGACUUGUCAGCUUUUGCAUUGGGAAAGAAGAAACCAUUUGAGCAGGAGAGGAAGCUGAAGAGCAGGUUGUGAGCCAUGCCUUUGGUGAAAAGGAAUAUUGAACCGCGGCAUCUCUGCCGAGGAGCUCUGCCGGAGGGAAUUACCAGUGAACUGGAAUGUGUAACAAAUAGUACCCUUGCUGCUAUCAUACGCCAGCUAAGCAGCUUGAGCAAACAUGCCGAAGACAUAUUUGGUGAAUUGUUUAAUGAGGCCAACAGCUUCUACAUCAGAGCAAAUUCCCUUCAAGACAGAAUUGAUCGCCUUGCUGUCAAAGUUACCCAGCUGGAUUCAACAGUAGAAGAGGUAUCAUUACAAGAUAUCAACAUGAAAAAAGCAUUCAAGAGCUCCACAAUUCAAGAUCAGCAGGUAGUUUCAAAGAACAGCAUUCCUAACCCAGUGGCUGAUAUUUAUAAUCAGAGUGACAAACCACCACCUCUGAAUAUUCUUUCACCUUAUAGGGAUGAUAAGAAAGAUGGAUUGAAGUUUUAUACUGAUCCUUCCUAUUUCUUUGAUCUUUGGAAAGAAAAAAUGUUACAAGAUACUGAAGACAAACGAAAAGAGAAGAGAAGGCAAAAGGAGCAAAAGCGUAUAGAUGGCACCACCCGUGAGGUGAAAAAGGUUAGAAAAGCCAGGAACAGACGCCAGGAGUGGAAUAUGAUGGCAUAUGACAAAGAGCUUAGACCUGACAACAGGUUGUCUCAAAGUGUGUACCAUGGAGCGUCUUCCGAGGGAUCACUGUCCCCAGAUACUAGGUCUCAUGCAUCUGAUGUUACAGAUUAUUCUUAUCCUGCUACUCCGAAUCAUUCCCUCCAUCAGCAGAUAGCAAUGCCUUCGUAUGGAACAGGAGACGGUCCACAGUACAUGGCAGCAUCCCAAAGCCAUGAGCAUGAAUACAGGCCACCUUCCACCACUGUACGUCAUGCUACUCUAAACAGACCUCAGCAGCCACCUCCGCCUCCGCCCCAGCCUGCAGAUGGCCAACAUGGCUCAGUACCUGUGGUACCGGCAGAAUAUGGGAUGCUUCCAGCUCAGAUGGUGGAUUAUUACAAUCCUGCAGGUCCUCCCCCUCCUCCUCCUCCCCCUAUGAUUCCUUCAGCACAAACUGCAUUUGUUAGUCCCCUUCAGCUUCCUGUGCCAUCUUCCCAUUCUGGACUGGUGACUGGCUCUACGUAUGCAGCUACACAUCCUCCUCCUUCUAGUGGGCUUGUUGUCACUGCUCCUCCUCCUCCUGGCCCACCUCCUCCCCCUCCAGGCCCUCCUGCUGCAGGUUCAUCCCUCUCUUCCUCCCCAAUGCAUGCUCCUCCAGCUACAGAGGCAAAACGUCAUGAAGCUGCACAGCAGCCAAUAAGUGAUGCACGAAGUGAUCUCCUUGCUGCCAUUCGAAUGGGAAUUCAGCUGAAAAAGGUGCAGGAGCAACGUGAGCAAGAAGCCAAGCGAGAACCUGUUGGAAAUGAUGUGGCAACCAUCCUUUCGAGGCGCAUCGCGGUGGAAUACAGCGACUCCGAUGAUGACUCAGAGUUUGAUGAGAACGACUGGUCGGACUGAACCCGGUCCAGGCUCAGUGACAAGCCAAUACUUGGCCACAGCAAUUACUUUCUUAGCAAGAUGUAAAGCAGGGCAUUGACACGCACUAAGGCUAGUGAUCGAAGUGCUAAAAUUGAAUUGGUGUUCUUCAGGAUGCCGUAGCUUAGCAACUCUGCUAACAAUGAUGUGAUGAUGCUUAUGCAGCACAGAAACUUGUCUUACUGUCAGUAUUUACUGCAUAAUACUUAAGUGCCACUAAAUGUAGCAAAUCAUGUGCUGCGUGCAAAAUAUGCUGCAGUUGUUGCACUGUUACAGGACCAGCAUUUUAUUUGACUUUCCUGAUCUGGAAGGGAUUUUGUUUUUUUUUUACUUUACAUCUUAUUCUUUUCAUUAAUUAAGCAACUUAGGUACUUGUGAAUUGGUCUGGUUGUUAGUCUUUGAGGACAGUUAACUACAUGACUGAAAUGUUACUUAAAUACGACUUUGUUAGGUUUUUUGAUGAGCUACUAAUUAUGCCCACUCUCUUCUAUUUUUAAUUACUUCUGGGCUUAGCCUUUUUUGCAUACAGAAUUGGUUUUGUAUAGUCUUUCUUUUUAUCUUAAAAAUGUAGCAGAUGAUGAAAGGUAAUGUUUUGAUUGCUCUUCCACACACUCCAAAACAAACACUUUGUGAGCAAAGCGUCUAAGUUUGCAGCAGUACCAGCUCUGGGUUGUUGGCUGCUUGUUGACUAAAGUAUAGGGCAGGGGGGAUGUCUCGGGAUAGGCAGUGGAUGCACAUCUAUGUUACAAAUGGUGGUUAAAAUACUUCUACAACACUGACCAAUUAGAUGCAGAGUCUUGAGGACAGAUGUGACUGAAGCCAUGCAGUCGUUGCAGUGUAGAGAUGUUACUGUGUUAUGGCUAAAGAUUGGAAUGGUCCAGAUCUAGUGAUCAGAUGCAUUUCACAAGUAUUAAACUUGGUCUUUAUGCCUGUAGGUACAAACAUCUGUAAAUAAGUUUUGUUGAUGGUUUGUACAUGUGUAGUCAUGACAGGUAGUUUUCAGCUUCCUGUAGCACAUCUAUUCAAAGCUACUCUUACUUUGAAUGUAUUUUUUUUCCCCUGGUGCAUCUCACUGAGGAAAGACUGGCAGUUCAAACAGUUUUAAUGGGUGUUUAGUUCCUAUGCCAUAAACAUAGACAUUUGUUUGCUCCUUCCCUAGGAGCAGUUGCUGCCAUACAGUCUACUUUGGCUCUGUUUUCUUCAAAGGCAAUUCCAGUAUUAAAUUUUUUGUUUGGGAGUGGGUUUUUUUUUUUCCUUCUUAUAAUUUUUUUCCCCCCUCUGGAUGGAGUCAGGCUGCUGCUUUACCUAAUGAGGCUUUUAAAAUUCUAUUUGUAGCAGGGAAUGAGUUCUUUUCUUCCAGUUUCAGUCUUUGUAACUGAAGUCUCUAUAAUUCCAGGUCUAACAUUUGGUAAAGUCCCUUUGUUUUGUGAGGCUCUGUCAGUUCUUUAAAAAGGAAAACAAAAAAGUAAAUAACUAUGUAAAAUAAAGAGAGAACUGAAAGAUAAUUAUCUAGCCUGUGUUUACACAUUUAACAGUUUUAGUCCUGAGAAUGUAACAGUCUAACAAGAUGUUUGCAUGCGAGCUAUUGGCUACUGUAUUGCUGUUUAAUCCAUGUAUGAUUUUUCCAUCCCUGGUGGUCUUCUUUAUGGCUGGGUGGAAUCCUACUGCCUCCGUGUUGGUGUUUAAAAUUUGUCACAUAAAGCAAGACCAACCUCUGCAUGAUGGUGACCAGCUACAGCUCUUGGUAACUGGUGGCAGUUGAAGGUACUCAAAUCCUUUUCAGUUGGAAAGGGAGGUAGUAGCCAGGUGGGGAUUGGUCUCCUCUCCCAGGCAACCAGCAGUAGAACAAGGGACAAAGUCUCUAUGGAGCUGAGCUUGUCUUAGCCUUAAAAGAGCGAGCUGAAGUCUGCUAUAUUUUGUGUUCUGGAAUCUGAGGUCUGUGUGUCCACCGCAGAGGACAGGAUGUAGGCCAUAGCCUUGAUGGUGGUUUUCAUCCCUGGAUAGAGAUGGUUUGUUUGGAUGACCAUGGGGUUUGCACAGUGGUUUGCAAACUGAUUCUUUGGACGGGUAGGCUAAAAGUGCAGCUGGGACUGCAGUGUUACAUCGCUGUGUAAGUAGGGAGAACACUCUCGCUACUCUUUUAAUACAUGCUGAAAUGAAAUACCUCAGCAGAAGAUUCUUUCCAAUCUACUGGAAUUUGAUAUGACAGAAGAUAUAUUUUAUGAGCACAGAAGUUGGACGUGUCUGAAGUUUUUUAAGUUGUGUUAAUUAUGAAGAAUAAGCAUUAAAUGAGCAAUCAGUCAUUGGCCAGUUAAGGUAGUGUAGUUCUUUCAGCUGUAGUAGCCAACCUGUUUUUCUGAACCUGCAAUGUUGUCAUUUUCCUUUUGGUAUUUUAUUAAGCAAAUGUGAGUUGAAUUUAGUGAUGUAAACUAACAUUAUUCUAAGCUGGUUUUACCAGUUUCAUCAGACUUUUGAGUUGUGAAUAAGUAACAAAUAUGAAUAAAAUCUCACUUUUGAGCCUGUCUUUCUUUUCUAAGAUUAGUUAGUAAGGUUUUGCUGUUAAUUUUUAUCUGGUAUUUACAAAUAGGGGAAAAGAAAAUGUAAAGCUUCCAAAUGCUGUCUGUGAUCCCAUUAACCAUUGGUUUGCUGGGAUGGAUGGUGGAGUCUACAGAACCAGACUCCUUUAAGGUACUGCUGCUCCUUCCAACACGCAUACUAUGUUCGUUUGCAAACCUUGAUUCAAGCUCCAAGCUGAAGUUUUUGGCUGGUGUAAAGAGGUAUUAAUUAAUCUAGAGGCAGCUUAACUUUUUCUUCACUGAAAUGGAUUCAACAGCAGCUUUGCUUCCAGAAAGAACAGGACGAUGUAUGAGGUGUAUUAGGAAGCCUCCCUCCCUGCUUCUUUUAAUGAGAGUCUCUGUAGAUUAAUGACACCGAGGACAAUAUUGUCAAAUGCAAACCUCUCUCUGCCUACUAGAAAAAUAGUUUUAAUUUACUCUUUUAGUUGUAAUGAGGAUAAACCCCACUAUGGUAACAAGAGUGGAUUGGGUUUUUUUUUUUCACUGGGAAGAACUUGCAUAAACCAUUUCACUGGGAUGAACUUACAUAAAUGUGAUGGUUUGGGUGUUACCCACCCCCCCAUCACUUUGGAAAUCGCCCAGACUAGACUCAGCUGGCUCUGGAAAUUGAAUGAAGCUUAUUAUUUACAGCUGGCACAAUAUACAAGCAGAUAUUUACAGUACAUACAUUUAUGUACAGAAAUAUACAAGGUAAAAGGUAAUACAGAAACACAACUCGCCUCCCAGAAACCUGAGUCCCCAGGAGGGGCUCCCAACUGCCCUUCCACCUUCUCCCCUUGCCCCUCUCAACCUUACCCCAGUCCCAAGGAAGAAUGGAAGUUCGGACAGGGGGUUAGGAAGCAAAGUGGAUUAAUCAGAGAAACGGCAGAGAGGCUAGAGAGAGAAAUACAGCUCCAAGCUCCCCAGCAGAAUUGUGCUAUCUAUAUUUGGAUUCUUGUUCUUAUAUCUCUCAGCAAGCCUACAAGUGAGGUAGACAUCAUUCUGUUUUCCUUUUCACAGCUUGCAAUCUAGUUCUUCUCACCAAAACAUUCUAGCUGGCUGCAAACUGUGCAAUAAACCAUUUGUGUAAUAGAGUAGCCUAAUUGUAAAUUAAACAGAUUUGUUUAUGCAUCUUAGAUGUAGUUGUUUCCUGGGAAAAUAAAUUAAUCUUUACCCUGUUCAGCUGCCAAUUCCAGUCCCUCUGGUGCUUGGUUCUUACUUCACUGAAAUUUUCCAUCGUUGAUUUGAACUUAAUUCAGGUAAUUUAGAGCAAAGACACCAAUUUACAUAGAAGCUGAAUACAAAAGCUGGCAAUUUUUUCCCUGAGACUAUCUUAGUAAAGCAUUUCAAACUGCUCAUUUGUCAUUUGGGCUUGGAGAUAGGGCUGAUGAUCACUUGGCAGGCUGCCUCCACCGCUUCUAUGGUUGUCUUUUGAAUGUUAAAAAUAUUUGCACUGACAUCAGUUGGUAUUUAGAUAGUUCUGAUUUUCUCUGUACUAAGAUGGGCUAAAUGAAGGAGUAUACAAACCUUUGUUGUGAGAGAAGUGCACGCUGUGCAGAACAGGCUCCAAAUGGAGCUUGUUUAUGGUGCGUGGAUGGAGUUGGGAGGAAGGGAAAUGACUCCUUGGGAAAUUGUUUCUUGUGAUGUUUUCUGCAGGUAUGUUAUCUCUCAGGUGCCAGACCUUGUUUUAAUCAUGAAGGGGUGUUGCCUUCCACUUGAAACAACACAUCUAAGGGUACAGCAAAUGUGUAAUUUCUAAAAGUGUCUAAAAUACCACUCUAAAGUGAACUGAUUAUAAACCUGAUGAUAAUGAAAACUUCA